AUGGACAGCAACGGCCACAAAGUGAUCGUAGUGGACAACGGCACCGGCUUCGUCAAGUGCGGCUACGCCGGCUCUAACUUCCCGGCGCACAUUUUUCCGUCGAUGCUGGGAAGACCGACCGUCCGCUCGACGUCGAAGAUUGGAGACAUUGAAAUCAAGGUUUUUACAUUUUUCAUACAUUUUCUUGAUCACUACGUGUUUUUAUUUACAGCGUUUUUCUCUUUCAUUCAGUAAUG